UUUGUCGCUAGUUUCAGUUCAGAUAGAUUAAGACUCAGCAGGGUGUUCUGUUCACGGGUCACUCACCGAUUCAACAUUCCAAAGGCUGGGUCUUCUUACCGCUUCUUCAGCACUCUUCUUUGACACUUGUAAAGUUGCGCGAAACAUAAAACGUCACCAUGUAUGCCUGUUCUCGACUCAUCGCCCCCAUUGCCAGGUCUACCUUGGUUUCUGGAACCAAGACCUAUAUUCGACCAUUGAGCAGCAUGGUCAGUCAAAGCCAAUCUUUACAACAGCAGAAACAAUUUCAGCCAUCAGUGAGUUUAACACAACAAGUACGUAGCUUCCAAACUUCACUGAUCAGACGUGAUAUUGAUUCUGCUGCCAAAUUUAUCGGUGCUGGUGCCGCAACCGUUGGUGUUGCAGGAUCUGGUGCUGGAAUUGGAUCUGUAUUUGGUUCUCUCAUCAUUGGUUAUGCUAGGAAUCCAUCUUUAAAACAGCAAUUAUUUUCAUAUGCCAUUUUAGGUUUUGCCUUAUCUGAGGCUAUGGGACUAUUCUGUCUCAUGAUGGCUUUCUUACUUCUGUUCGCCUUCUAAGCCAACAAUAUCAUCAUAAGAAAUUGCUGAUAGUUUAGUGCGUCACUGUCAAACAAUAUGUCUUUGCAUAAGAAAAUAAAAGCAAUGACUAUCUUUGGUACACAGAAUGCCAUGAAAUCAUUAAGCGUGCCCAUAUUUUCAUUCAAUGGGA